AUGAAUGAACCAGAUGACCGAUCUCGGGUCUACUUCUACUCGACAUUCGAGGUCCUUCAAGGACUCAACCAGCUGGCCAUCAACGACUGCAAUAAGAUUCUCAUCGUAAAACUUGGUUGGAUAGACGUCCUGGAGCGAAUCUUGGUGGACGAAGGAUCGAGCAACGAAGAAAAGCUUUGGGCUGCCCGUGGAAUAUGGCAACUUGCUUUCAAAGAAGAGAACAAAGUCAAGAUACGUCAACGCACAACACUCCACAACACGCUGAAGAAGAUUAAGGAAACGACUAAAGAUUCUGAUGUAAAGGAAGCCUGCUCGGGCGCACUCUUCGUCAUCAAUGAAGUGUUCGACAUCGAUGACGAGUUCAAAGGUCACAUGGUGAAGAGUGAGGUAUCGUCUGGUCAUGUGGAGGGUCAUAUUAUGAUUAGCUACCAGCAUGCGAGCCAGGAGCGAAUGCUGCAAGUCAAGAGCUAUCUGGAAGAAUCUGGAUACAACAUAUGGAUGGAUGUGGACAAAAUGAAAGGUGACAUACUGGAUUCCAUGGCCAAGGCAGUCCAGAGAGCUUCAGUCGUACUGGUUUGCAUGAGUCGUAAAUUCAAAGAGAGUCAACACUGCCGCACAGAAGCGACAUACGCCUACACCCUAAAGAAAGACAUAAUUCCCCUGAUGCUUCAAGAUCAAUUCACCCCAGAGGACUGGCUCGGUGCCCUCAUGGGGAUGAAGAAGUAUUACCCUAUGUUUUCAGACGAUCUCAUGAGACAGUGCCUCCCCGAUCUGGUCUCUGAGCUAAGCGAUAGAGGCAAACGUGAGAAACUAGAUCUGACUUUGCCGUUGCUUUAUAAAGUCACAGGUGCAAGCAAUCUAACAACCCAUGUACCACCGGAAAACGACGUAGACUGCAGUGGAGGAAUCAAAGAUGACAAACCAACAGGCAAUGAAGACGAGAGGAAUUCCCACUCGCAAAAAGUGGUAGAUUUGGUCCCGUGGGAUGAAGAUGUAGGAGAAUGGUUGAGAUCGCAUGGAAUUGAUAUGAGCAAGGACAUCUUCAAGAAAGUGGAAGGCAUCCGCCUGAAGCAGAUCAAGAAACUACUAAACCUGGCUCCAGAAUUUUGCCUGACGUCUCUGAAAGACGAAUUGUGUCUUAGCUUGCGGGACGUCCUCUCGCUAGUAGAUGCGUUGGAGAAGCUCUCAAUUUGAAGAAUCAGUCAUGCAAAUAGGAGAUGUAGGAUUACAAAGAGAGUGGCGGGGCAAGGAAGUGAUAUUUUCAAAGCAACGAAAACAGGGACAGAAUAACGUUUAACAGAAUCUCUGAUAAAUUGAUGCAUUUGUCUGAACAUUAAUCAGUGCUAAUUUGAUAGACAUUUUAUUUAUCUAAUGGGAUGGUAUGAGAGAUGAUAUCCCCACCUAAAACAAGACAAAGAGAGAGAGAGAGAGAGAAUACGGAGGAAGGAAGAUGAAGGUUCACAUUCUGUACCAAAAGGAUUUGUUAACAUAACCCCCUCGUGUCUUCAAUAAUAGCAUGGGAUCAGUUGGACAGAUCAUUUAAAAAAAAACAUGUCCAUGCACCUCAGACACUUCAGUAAUGUCCGUUCCCAAUAAAAGAGAAUGCCGAGGGGUUUCUAUUCCGUCUCGUGAUUGAAUUUUGACUGUUAUUUCUCAUUAGUAUAUUCCAACGUAUUUCUCCCGUAUGAAUCACACCAUUGGUUUAUGAUGCGUUCACAUUUAGAUUUAGCUGUAUGUCCAGGGGGUGUUUCACAAAGAUCCUAAGUCGAACCUAACUCUAAGUUAGACUUAACAUCUAUGGAGAGCCAUUUGUAGCCUUAAGAUGGAAUAUAUUCAAAAGCGAAAAAUAAAUUACUUUAGACUUUCUAUAAAUUCCAUUUCAAGAACAUGAAAUCUUCUUGAUAAUAGAAAAUAUGAAUGAUUUGA